UGUCAACAAUAUGCGUCAAGGAUAAAUGGUAAUGUACAAAUUGCAGGCAACUUCCACAACAGCCUCUCUGGGUAAAUCUGGUGUUUUUCGAUUCGCUUUCCGGUCAUUCGGCGCAUUUAACACAAUUGACAACUUGCAAAUUGGCCACUUUCAAAGCCCUUUCCCUAUCUGGUCGUUUAGUGCUUUAGACACUUUUAAUACAUUUCCUUAAAACUGAGUGCAAAUAAUUUAAGGAGAGCAAAAAGUCACAACAUGUUGCAUUUCAAAAGAGGCAGACAUCUUAAGAGAACUGAACUGCAAAAUACGAGUCCCUUUUAGCAUGCUUAACAAAGGUUUCGCUAUGUAUUUACUGCGCGGCACGAAAAUACUAUCGUUAUGACCUAUCGUGUACUGCACUAGUUCAUUACAUUUUUGUGCGGCUUAAGAUACAUACCACUUCAGCCCUGUGAGAAAAUUUCUGCGUCUAAAAUUGAGAGAGCAAAACAAAAUCGCAAACAAUUUUUGUGCCACCAUUUUUGUUGUUCUGACGCUUGGCGUGCCCCAUGUUAAUGUGUAUUAUUUGUGUGUAUGUAUGUGCGCCUCAAAACAUGCACACAGUUUCGCGAAAUAUGUACAAACUGUGAUUGUUUGUUUAAAGAUUCACGUUACGUCGUUAAAGAAACAGUAAAAUGGAUGCAGAUACAGAAGAAGAAUGGGCCAGUAGCAGCAGCAACAGAUCCAGUUCCAGUGAUGUAAUAAAAAACCUACUGGAAGUUGCCAAUUGCAGGCCAGGCACCAAUGUGGCCAAGGCAAUCGUUGCGUAUCAAGAGUUUCCUGGCUUAUCAACGCUGCUUCUGCUCCUGGAGGAGGUAUCGAAAAAUACAGAUUUUUCGACCGAUAUGCGCUUGUCGCUUUCCUAUUACAUGGAUGAAUUUUUGCGGCAAGUAUCCGGUGCGAGUGUGCCCCGACGCUCGGUUAUUGCCGCCGCCGGCAGCGUGCUUCAAUACUGCAGCAAAAUCUAUGGUGACAGGGUGGAGCUCAUGUACCAGGUUGUGGAGCAUCAGAUCGAGGCGCUGCUCAUUGCCGAUCCCAAAAAGGAUGAGAACAGCAAUCGCAAAAGAGAUGCUAGCAAGCCGGAGGAGCCGCGUAAGCGUCGCAUUAAGAAACUCACCCAAAAGGAAUUCGAUCCGUUUUCGUAUAAGAUGGAACCAAAAAAGUUCAAAAUAAUGUCCGAUGAGAAGCGCUUCAGUCGCGUUGGAUUCGAAACGAAUAUAAACAGAAAUCGUACAAUUGAGCACAUGUAUCAGGAUCAUACGCCUUCCCAUCUUUGGAAGCAUGCUUCCAUCGUGGAUCCAGCGAAUCCCUACGAGCAGGAUGAGAAAAAGAACUAUAAGGUGUUUACAUAUCAUCCGGAGCCCAGAUACAAUACUCUUCUGCCUGACAUUCAGUUUGAUCGUCUGAAUUUGAUCAAGGAAUACGUGCAUUCAAAUCAAGUGGAUGUAUCCGAUACUCUAAAUAAGAACAUGAGUAAUAAGGAAUAUUUAGACGAGUACAUAGCGCUAGAGAACCAAAUGCUUGCCUCUCGCUAUGGGGAAAAAACAGUGCUGAAGCGCACCCUGAAUGUCGAAGAGGAUGAACAGGCCAAGCGUUUGCGCCUGGAACUGCAGAAACGUUUGCUGGAAUUCACUGAUGAGAGCUCUAAACGUAGAAGGCUAACUGAAGAGAUGGACGAUAAUCGUGAUAGGAAUCUGGAGACUGAUGUAAGUGGAGCUCAGCGAUCGCAAACCUCUAUGGACUCAGUACUAGGCGAAUCGCUGAGAACUUUGACGCUGACAGAUUCAUCAGAAGUACAACUUAAUGGAAGCAAGAUAGAAUCACCUCCCUUUAGCAGCACGUUGCAUAUGAAUGACGCCAGCUGCUUGGACAGCCAGCGUUUGGAUCUGCAGCAGAUCGAAUCUAUAAAGAAAGAGCCGCAACAGGAGUCUCAGACGCAGCUGGAAUCACAACAGAAGGCCCAACUUGAACUCUCCACUGGCAAGGGUGAUGAUAGCAAUGAGCAAUCGUUGCAAAUUGAUUCAGGCAUUGGCAUGGAUGAUGUAUGCGAUACGCUGCCGACAGCUCAAUCUUUUGAUGAUGAGGGUGUUGUUCUUACAGAUCUUAUAGACGACCAGCAUCUGCAGUCGCUAUCGCCCAAGGUAAUGGUGCGGGACAUACUGCCCGGUGUGCCCGACAAAGCCAACCUGAGCGUGCGCGUGGACGCCGAAAUGCUGGCCCUGAGCGGCAUCAAUGAAACGCUCGAGGAGAUUGUUGAUGUGCCACGUGAAGUGCACUAUUCAAUCGAGCGGAAUUUGCUGCAGCUACCAGAAAAAAAGCUGCGAAAGGGUUCUCUCUUCAAGCUACCUAAAGAAUUUGAUUUAUUUAAGAAAGCGCGCACACCAGCCAAGCGACAGGCUGAAGCCAAGGCGCCCGGUGCUCCCAGAGCCUUGCCUGUCGCUUCGCCUGUUGCCUCGCCUACGCAUUCCGUAUCGUCACUUGACAAAUUUCCGGCAUUGCCGUUGGAUCAAAUGGAAUUCGAUUCGGAGCUAAAUUUUCGCGGUUUUAGGCGUCCUACUUAUGAUUCAGGUAUUGAUCAGGAAGAGAUUAGAUUGGCCAACUCGCCAGCAGAUGACGGCAUCAUCGUUGAUGUGGGCUCCGAAGAACCAUCGGAUGGACCAAAUGUAAUUCAAGAAGUUAGAGCUUCUGAGCAAACAGAGAAGGACUUGACGUUGCCUGAAAUUUCAUUGGGCACAACAGAAUCAAAUGAAACGAAACCAAAUGAUGUACAACAUACACAAGCAGAUGACAUAAGAGCCCAAGACAUCACCGAAGAGGACCUAAGAAUCCCCGAUACCACUGCAGGGAACACAACACUACUAGAGAGUGGACUGAAUGCCAUGCCCAUGGAUUUGGCCACAAACGACAUAGAGUUGGACUCAGACUGGGAUGCAGAGGAAAGCGAUUCGAGUGUUCAAGAAAACUGUAAUAGCAUAGAUGCAGAAACUGAUGCCAAGAUUAUUGACUGGCAUCGUCGACUGGCACCCACAUUAGAAGCGGCGCAUGCGCGUCAAAACUUUAGCAUACAGAACCUAAAUGACGAGAUUAUAGCCAAAUGCCAGGAAAAUGAUGGAGAGGCAACACUUUCCGAUGUGAUAGAGGAUAAGGACCCAACCAAACUAUGUUGCUAUAUGCUGUCCUCACUACUGCUGACAAACCAGAGAAACGUGGAGCUUCAAAUAGAUAAACAUGAUAAGAGCAAGCCAAUUGAAAUGAAUCAGUUUAAGAUGAAAUUGAUUAGCACCGAAAGGAAACAAGUGAAUCCCGAGGAUGACAUUGGCAAUAUGAACAGUUCCAAUCAGCGUAGCAACCAGGCAGCAUCACGGGAAACACCGCAAUCUGCUAACGCUGCGCGUCGCAAGGCGCAAGAGCAACGUCCCACACUUGAUGCAAUUAAUGUAAAAACAGUGCGCCUUAUAAAACCUGUGCCCAAGGCAAGCGCACGGCCAGAGGAUGCUGACUCUGGCAUAUCAUCGCUGCCGGCAUCCUUAAUGUCUGUGUGGCCGACUGACAUGUAGCGGAGGCCGUAGCAAUUGUUGGUGUCUAGUGCUAAAUGUGUGCCUCUGUCUUUAGUUUAUGUAUAUAGUUGGUUAAGUCGCAGGGUUGACGUUCGUAUAUAUGUGUGUACAAUUCGAUUCUCGUCCAGUAACCUUAAAAUGUACAAUGUUGUGUGUGUGUGUGAUGCGAAUCUAAAAUUUAAUCUAAUGAGAAUUAUUCCUUGCAGCCGAUCAUAUUGCGCCGGGGGCUGCCCUUUUCACAGGCUUACGUCAAAAUUAAGAGGCUGUGCUGGCCGCGCAACUGACAAAUGCAUUAAUGCAUAAUUCUUUUGUUUUUGUUUUUUUUUUUUUUUUUGUGACAAUGUACAAAGUCUAGUUCUAAGAGUACUUUUAACAUGAGAUGCAAUUUUUAGUUUUAUUCAAAUUUAUGCUGCCAGCUUUUAGUUCUUUAUGUUAUGUAGUGUAAGCCAAAAUUGAAGCAGUAUUAUUUAAGCUCGAUUUCCUUACGUUUGAACAAGUUU